UGCAGGGCGAUUCGUUUCUUUGCAGUCCAUCCUCAGCCACAGCCAGACGUCCCCGUCUGAACCACUCCAGGCUCUGGCUCCAUUUGGUGAGGAUCUCCGACGCCCGCUGCCCCACGCUGUCAGGAUGCAGGGGGCUCCUCUUCGACCUUCUUUUCUUUUGCUUCUUCUGCUCUUACAGCCCGGAGAGUACUCCAGAGCGGCUGCAGACGAGACGGAGCUGACUGGGAUUCUGGGAGGGUCGGUCACUUUCCCCCUGAGGAUCCCAGCAGAACAGAAAUUUGAAAACGGGGCCUGGAUGGUAAACACAAGCAGUCUAGUCACUGUCAUGGCAGGGAGACCUCCCCGCGUCCUGGUGUUUGACUCAUCCUACAAGGGACGCCUGCGAUUCUCUGAUGAGAGCUACUCGCUUCAGAUCACCGACCUGAGGCUGGAGGACACAGGCAGCUAUUCCGUCGAAUUCAACACAGACAAAGAGCAAUUCGCCUACAGAGAAUUCACGCUGCGCGUGUCCAAGGGACAACUGCCACCUACCAUCGCCUGUGACUCAGUGGCCUGUGAGGAUGAUGCCUGUAUCUACACCCUGCGCUGCGCCAUCAGGAAUGGAAGGGAAAAUGUGACCUACAGCUGGAGUAAUGCCGCCAGCAGCGUUCUGUCCACCGACUCCAUCGUGCACAUCCCUCAGCGGCACCAGGCCGCUCGUGAGAGUGUCACCUGCACGGCACGUCUCCCUGACAGGAACAGCUCUACGACGGUGUCCCCAAAGGAAUUCUGCGCAGAGCAAGUGCCGGUGACGACGAUUGUCUGUGACUCGGUGACCUGUGCCAAUGGAACCUGUCACUACAGCAUGCGCUGCGUGGCUGGGGAGAGGGGGGGACGCGUGGCUUACAGCUGGACUCAGGACGACAGCGGCGUGGUCAUAUCCACCGGCCCCAUUCUGCGCGUCUCUAUGAGACCUUUCGAGACUCUCCCAGCCAUCAUCUGCACAGCCCGGCACCCCGCAAGUAACAGCUCCAGGCUGAUCUCCCCAAAGGACCUGUGUCCAGGUAACCCCCCGGAUUCCCCACUAGACCGGUCCCUGGCCUCAUCGCUGUCCUACCACCUCAUCAUCCUGCUGCUGGAGCUGGGAGCCCUGUGCGCUGGGGUCAUCGCAUAGCACGGCCUCCCCGGCAGGGAGCAGAGAUGGGACCAAGACCAGAGGAGCUGCCACUGCGACUGCCAAUCCCGC